UUAGAGUGAUUUCACUUUCAGAGUGAUAUCACUUUCAGAGUGAUUUCACUUUCAGAGUGAUUUCACUUACAGAAUGAUUGUACUUUCAGAGUGAUUUCACUCUCAGAGUAAUUUCACUUUCAGAGUGACUCCAAAACAAGUGCUACUUUUCAAAGUUCAGAUGUUAAUCGGAUUACAAAUAGUAUUUAAACAGGGAAUUUUCAGAAUUUGAUAUUAGAAUUUGUAGUAUGGCUUCAUGCACAAUUCAAUUGUUCACAAUGCAAGCCUUUUACUUCCUAGUCAUUUUGACCACUGCUUUUGCUCUUCCGUUUCCAAAAGAACAUAACGAUGGUGCAGUUAAAACGUUUCGUAGUGCUAGGGAAGAAGCCAUGAAAAAUCCAGAUGUAUUUGAUGGAGAUAUGCUUGGAAUUGAUAGAAUGCUCGAAGAAGACAGAAAUGGUAGACGAGCAGAAAGGUACAGGUGGCCUAAUGCUGUUGUCCCGUAUGUUAUUCACAAAGACAUUGAUGACGAAAAGCGAAGAAACAUUUUCGCCGCUUUCGCUUAUUAUCAGAAAAAUACCUGUCUGAAGUUUGUUCCGAGAACUAAUGAACAUGAUUACAUUUGGAUACAUAACGGAACUGGAUGUAGCUCUUAUGUUGGAAGACAGCCAAGCAACUAUCAACCUCAACCCGUAUCACUUGCAGAUGGAUGCCAUCGCCUUGGAGCGGUUCUCCAUGAACUUGGGCAUGCAAUUGGACUCUUUCAUGAACACGGCAGAUAUGACAGAGAUAAAUAUCUUGCAAUUCACUUAGAGAAUGUGGAUGAGAAUAGAAAACACAACUUUCGAAUAAUACCAUUAAGUGAGGCAAUCUUGUAUACCAAGUUUGAUUACCACUCAAUCAUGAUUUAUGACAGCACAGCAUUUUCCAAAAAUGGUAAGGAUACUAUGGUACCUAUACAAAAAGGAGUGGUUCUUUUAGAUGCCGACUAUAAAAUGGAGCUGACAAAAUCUGACUUAAUAAGAGUCAACAAAAUGUAUAAGUGCUAUGUUUAAAUAUUGCUAAUUUUGUUACACUUCUUAUAAAAGCAAAAUAAACUUAUAUGUGAAUAAA